AUGCCUUCAAAACGUGGCCAGAAGCGCAAGACCAAGGAUCUUGAUCGCGACGAAUCCAACAACGACGAUCCACUGGCGCCACCAAACCGCAGCACUUGGGACGGCUGGGUUGAGAUGGAGUCUGAACCAGCGUUUUUCAAUGUCAUGCUCAACGAAAUGGGCGCCAAAGGCGUUCGUGUGCAGGAGAUCUACGACAUGGACGACGAGUACCUUCUAACCCUACCACAUCCGGUCCACGCUCUCAUCUUCCUCUUCCGAUACCGUGAGAACGACACUGAGCAGCAAGAAGAGGGUAAAUGCCCGCAAGCCGUGUGGUUUGCAAAUCAGACGCCGGAUUACGCGUGUGCCACUUUUGCACUCUUGAACAUCGUCAACAACAUUCCAGGUCUAGAAGUUGGUGACGAAUUGCGACGUUUCAAGGAUUUCACGAAAGACAUGGACCCGAUAAGCCGAGGAGAUGCUAUCGAUCAGUUCGACUUCGUCAAGCACAUCCACAACUCUUUCGCGAGCGAGAGUGAUAUGCUGCAGGCCGAGAUGGUGGUCAGUAACAAGGCUGCUGCCUUCCGCAAGAAGCAAGCCAUCGCUAAAGGUGUUGCCACGAAAGCCGCGAAGAAGGCUAAGCUCGCCGACGUAGAUACAGAGGCGAGUAUUGAGACAGCAAGUAAAGCCGCUGCAACUCGAUCAAUGCCUCGAACCAAGAAGCCUAUGCCGAAGAAGUCACCAAAGGAGAGCUCGCCGGGCGAGGACGACGAAGAUGACGAUUACAAGAAUCCCGCUAAGAGGAACACCAAGUCGCAUUCCUCACAGGAUGAGAAGCCGACCACAUCACGCCGCUCAGGACGCGCACCUAAGCCUCCUAAAGACGUUCCUCCGCCUGUCGAGGAUGAAGAGCCAGACGAAGGCUUCCACUUCGUAGCCUACAUGCCGAUCAACGGCCACGUCUGGAAGCUUGACGGCCUGGAUCGCUUUCCGCAAGACAUGGGACCGUACGAAGAUGACGACUUCGGCAUGGGCUGGAUGAGACUCGCACAGCCACUACUUCGAGGUCGGAUGCUGCAGUACGCCGAGUCCGAAAUCCAGUUCAAUUGCAUGGCGCUGGUACAUGAUCCAAUUGAGGCCGAUCGCCAGGCUUUAGCAAGCAAUGUAAAAGCGCUGAAGACAGUGGGGGCGAAGCUAAGUGAGAUAUGCGACGAAUGGUGGGAGCUCGAAGGUGGCGAGACGAGGAAAGACGUUAUCACCGGCAUGGCUCCGUCUCUAGGUCUCACUCUAGCUGAGGUCGAGGACAAAAUCGUUGAGCCAGGCCUGAUGACUCGAAUCAAGGAGGCAGAUGACGUGCUACAGCUACUCAAGCUCAGGCAAGAAGUCGUUGGGCAGCAAGCAUGUCUGCGAGCAAGUGUGCGGGAUGUCGUUGAAGCGAGCAAGUCUGACGCAGAGAAAGCUCGACAUAGACGACACGACUAUGGGUCUUUCUUGCGAGGCUGGCUUGGUGCAUUGGCAGACCAGGGUACUCUGAGCGAGCUGUUGAGCUAG